AAAUGAAUCCAUUUGAUGACUCGGAUGACGACAUCCGGCCACGUGUUAGGCCUCGUGUCAGAGCAUUGAGACUAUUGAGUGAUAGUGAGGACAGUAGUGUCGGUGAUAACGAUCUCAAUGACGACAACAACAAUAGCCUCUUAUCACAGACUCGUCAUCCAGUGAUGAAUCGAUCACUCAAUGAGAGAUCCAUUGAUAAGACUAUAGAUCUCUGUCUCACAACUGACUCGGAUCUCGUGGGCGAAACAUCAGGUGCUGACCAUCACGUGGUGCUCAACACCAACGCCAGCGCAGAGCCUCUGAUCAGCACUUCAUUCACAUCGCCUCUCAUUGAACCGAAUCUUACCAUUAAUACAAUGACAUCAAAGCAAGUGAUAAAAAGUUUGGUGGACGGCGUCGAGCGUCUAGUGGUGGCCACCGAUGACGGCAGCGAUGGCGACACCGACGACGACCACACAGACACUGAAGAGGUGGACAUUUCUGGAGGCGACGGAUCGGACGCAAACAAAACCAUUGAUUUGAGUGGUUUGUUGUCCAGCGAUGAAGAGUUGUCGGAAGUAUUAUCAAUUGAUGACUUAGUAGCCAAUGGCGAGCGCUCUAAUGUCACGUCAACGCCGGUGACUAAAGCCAAACCGAAAGCGUAUGAAAGGCAAGAGAUUGAAGCGAUUCCCGAAGUGACAGACCUUAGAGUCGAGACACAGAACGCCAUUCGCGCCGAAGAGGAGCGCAAACAACGGCUGAACCAGAGAUAUGCGGAUCUGUCUGAUGAUGACGUUUUUGAAGUGGUUUCGCCGCAGAUAUCACCGCAAGUGAUAGAUAUCAAUGAUAGCACUGAUGAGGACGACAAUCACCACAAAACACGACCCGUUAUUAAGCGAUCGCUGAGAGACACCGCCGGACAAGACUUUGCCGACUUUGGUCUCCACACCGACGACCGGCUCAAUACAGCCGAAGCGGACGGUAGAGUACUGGUCAAUGUCCGCCACCCGCCCGAAGAUCCAGACAUAUAUCUAACCAGAAAGUUAUCGGAUGCCAUACACCCGCACCAAAUCGGUGGCAUUCGCUUCCUUUACGAUAAUAUCAUUGAAAGCAUAGACCGCUACGAGAAGAGCCCCGGUUUCGGUUGUAUCUUAUCUCACGCCAUGGGUUUGGGAAAGACAAUGCAAACCAUUGGUUUAGUAGACGCGCUGCUCAGGGAAGAGAUCGUCAAACGUGUACUGAUUGUAUUGCCGGUGGCAGUGCUCGGCAACUGGCGCUCGGAGUUUGACCGCUGGUCUCCCGCUAAACGCCGCGCUUACGACGUCUAUGCCGUGAUGGCUGUCCAGACCUAUGACCGUCAGGCGCGUGAAGUACACAAUUGGCGUAAAAAUCACGGCGUUUUGCUCAUCGGUUACGAAAAAUUUAAAGGUAUGAUCGCUGAGAAGAACUUUAAGGCCAAGAAGUGGUCGGUUUACGAUCCAAAAGAGCUUAAGGACACCGAACGGAUGAUUCGACGGGCACUCGUAGACCCGGGACCCGAUGUGGUGGUGUGCGAUGAGGGCCACAAGAUUAAGAACGCGGCCUCAAAGAUUUCCAAAGCUCUUAAGCAGAUCCGGACCCGACGCCGAGUCAUACUGACGGGUACGCCACUGCAAAACAAUUUGCUCGAGUAUUGGUGCAUGGUCGACUUCGUGCGGCCCAACUUUCUUGGACACCAAAACGAGUUUAAGACAAUGUUUGACAAACCCAUCAAAAACGGUCAGUGCGUGGACUCAACUCCCGAUGACAUACAAGUCAUGAAAGAGAGAGCCUUUGUAUUGCACGACAGAAUGAAGGGUUUUGUUCAGCGCCGAAGCCAUGAUGUUGUGAAGAAAACACUUCCUCCGAAGCGUGAGUUUAUAAUCUAUUGCCGCUUUACACACAUCCAGAAGGAGCUGAUGGAGUCGUUUAUCGGCACCGCUAUCGAUAAUCCCGAUAUUAUUGGCCGAAUGGACGGCAAAAGGAUAUCUAUUUUGACACUGUUUGCCAACUGCACGAAGAUCUGGAACCAUCCCGACAUCUUCUACAAAGUGGUCCGCGAAGGCAUUGCCAGUCAGGGCCAGGACUUGGAAGAGGGGCUGAGCGAUGAUAACGAGGCCAGGAAUGGGAUAGAAAUGGACAAAAUAGCGAACAGAAUGACCGACUAUUCGUUCGCCGCGCCUAUAGUUGAGGACUAUCGGCGGGAAAUGAUUGAAAACUCAUAUAAAACAGUGCUUUUGUUUGAGAUAAUACGCGAGAGUAUAGAAGUCGGCGAUCGACUUCUGGUGUUCAGCCAAUCGCUGUUAACUUUAAACUUAAUUGAGAAAUUCUUGGAGUCCCGAGACGUGCCGCUGACGGCCCGGCGUUGGCGUAAAGAUCAUAAUUACUACCGUUUGGACGGCUCGACACCCGCUAAACAACGCGAUCUUUAUAUCAAACAGUUUAACGAAUCAGAAAAAGUUAAAUUGUUUCUGAUCUCUACCCGAGCGGGUGGUCUGGGCAUCAAUCUGACCGGUGCUAACCGUAUAGUCGUUAUGGACGCCAACUGGAAUCCUUGUCACGACAGUCAGGCCGCCUGUAGGAUCUACCGAUACGGACAGAUUCUAUUAUCAUUUUGUGAUCCUUUACAGCAAAAGCCGUGUUAUAUCUAUCGUUUGGUUUGUGAUAAUUCACUCGAGAGGAAGAUAUCUAAUAAACAAGUUUGCAAACAAGGGAUGGCUAAGCGAGUGGUCGACGGACACGUGAUUGAGGGUGUCUUCGCAUGGAAUGAGAUCCAAGCUUUGCUCCUAAACUUACGUUCUAUCGAUGAGCCGCCCGUCAAGACGUAUACCGAAGACCAAGUGUCUCAUCUUAAGGACCCUCUCCUCGAGCGGAUCUGUUGUGACUUUGGUUUUGCCAUAACAGACAUUCCUCGCGAGUAUGAUUCACUUCUUGAGGACCGCAAAGACCAGGUGCUGACCGACGCCGAGAAGACUAAUGCUUUUGUGGCCAUUGAGGACAGGAAGCGAAAUAUGUUGUUUACUCAACCGAUACCCACUUCAGCGCAAACUGGUUUCCAU